AUGCGGCAACAUGCUUUUGCCACUCUAGGCAAAGCACCCGCAUUGGACUCACUUUGCUGUAUGCGCACUCGAAGACAUCGUCCAGCCAAUCUCGCACACGAGUGGAGAAAAUGGAGGAAGCGAUUUGAGAUAUACUUCCAAGCGGCUGAACUCUCGAAGAAGGUUAAAGCAACACAAGUCGCAAUCCUACUUAACGUGGCAGGAACCGAAGCGCAGGAAAUCUAUGAUGCGUUCGUCUUCACAGCAAGCGACGAAGGACCGGCGGUCGGAGAUGUCUUGAACAAAUUCGACGACUACUGCAAUCCGCGCAAGAACGAGGUAUUCGAGCGACACCAGUUCUGGAGCCGAGAUCAGCAUGAAGACGAGACGGUAGAUCAGUGGCUCACCGACAUUCGCACAAAGGCGGCCACAUGCGGUUUCGGUGACCCGAAGGAUGAGCCUAGUCGCGACAAGAUUGUAUUUGGAGUCGGAGACGGUCGAGUCAAGGAACGACUUUUAAGAGAAGCAAAUCUGACGUUGCAGUCUGCAUUGGACAUCUGCAGGGCCGCAGAGACGAGCACUCACCAAGCCAAAAUGAUGACUAGAGACGCCCUGCGAGUAGAGAUCAACUCGAUGUCAAGAAGUUCGCAACGUACUAGCCGGUCAAUACCUGCCAAAGCAACAGAAAAGGCAUGGAGGGCGAAAAAGACCGCACCAUGCAAGUACUGUGACGGCGAUCACGCGCCUGGACAAUGUCCGGCAUGUGACGAAGAUAUCGCUAUUCUUGGCAGUCAGGCGUGUCAGGAAAUGAACUUAGUGAAAAAGAUAGGCAGCCUCAAGCCAGCACACGGACAGAAAGAGGCCCCUAGCACAAGCAGCAAGGAUGGUCUGAUCGACAGGUACCACGAUGUUUUCGAGGGGUUAGGAUCCUACGAAAGAUCUUACCACAUUCGACUGAAGGAAGACGCAGUACCCGUGAUACAGCCAGCCAGGAAGUAUCCCUACGCAAAGAGACAGAGGCCGGAACAAGCCUUACGUCGAUUGCUAAAUCAAGGCGUAAUAGCAGAUGUAGAGGGACCGACAGAAUGGGUACACAAUCUAGUCGUCACAGAAAAGAAGAAUGGCUCAUUAAGACUGUGUCUAGAUCCGAGACCACUCAAUAAGGCAAUCAAACGUGAGCAUCACGCAAUCCCAACAGCUGGAGAUGUGCAAGCACAGCUGGCAGGCAAGAAGAUAUUUACUGUGGUGGAUAUGAGAGACGCGUUCUGGCAUGUUAAGUUGUCAGAAUCAUCAAACUACCUGUGUACCUUUAGCUCUCCAUGGGGGCGGAAGCGUUUUCUACGCAUGCCGUUUGGCCUGUCUUCGGCCAGCGAGAUAUUGCAGCAACGAAAUGACGAUACAUUUGGGGAUAUCGACAAUGUCCACGUCAUCGCAAAUGAUUUGAUUAUUGCAGGAAAAGAUGAGCAAGAACACGACACGGCUCUUCUAGCAGUCAUGGAGAGGGCAAGAGCCAAGAACGUAAAGUUCAGUCGGGACAAGUUGCAGUAG